CCCUGCUGGGGCGGGCUCGCUGUGGGAAGCGCAUGGAGGGGCAGAGGAUGCUGAAUGCUCCAAGGAGAGACCCAGGAAGUGAAGACGUGUGAGCUUCUUGCCCUGAACAAGUCUGCUGCAAGGGAGAGGAGGCUCCCCAAAGUCCUGACUGGCUUGGUGGGGAGCAGUUCCAGAGCAUCGCCUGGUGACUCCAUGACACUCAUCUCUUUCUUUUCUCCCAUCACUAUCUCUGAAUCUCCAUCUAUUCUUCUGGGGAAGAUAUCCCAGGAGACAUUUAUAGACACUUAUGACCCAAGUGUCCUUCGAAGGGAGCAAUACAUGCUCUAUGAAAUCAAGUGGAGCAACAACAAAAGGCCCCGGCAGAGCUGUUGCCAUAGCACUCAAACGAAGCAUGCUGAAAUCUACUUCCUGGAAGAUGUCUUUCAGAAGCAAAGAUCUGAUCCUUCUGCCCACUGCUUCAUCACCUGGUUCACGUCCUGGAGUCCCUGUGGGGACUGCUGCAAGCAAAUCAGGGAUUUCCUGAAGGAACAGCCUAAUGUGAAACUAUUUAUUUAUGUAGCACGGAUCUACUGGCACAAAAGGGAAAUCAAUCGUCAGGGUCUACGGAACCUGAUGAACAUCGGAGUGUCCAUCCGAGUCAUGUACCUCCCAGUUUAUAGAUACUGUUGGAGAACAUUUGUCGACAAAGAGGACAAGUAUGAAGAUUAUUGGCCCAGGCACUUUGCUCCAUGGAUAAUGCUGUAUUCUCUCGAACUUCAGUCCAUCCUUCAGAACAUUCCCUCUUGCUUAAAGAUUUCAUCAUUUAAGAACCAGAGUCCAGUUUUCAGCCUAUGUGUAGAUGAGAAACAGAAAAGAGCACUCGCAUUAGCCAAUCCCUAUUACCCUAAUGGCAGGGAGACCAAUGAAGGGCUCAGGAGCCCAGGGCUCUGUCCUCUGUGUGAGCUGGGAGCAGCAGCCAGCACUGGAGGGCGGGAGAGGCAGUGGCCCGAAGGGAGAGCGGGGCUGGAACCUGGCAGCAGCAGCAGCUGGGGAGCAGGCGCUGGAGCACCCAGCCCAGCAGAGCUGAGUGGGGACAGGGGGAGCUGCAGGCCCAGAGCUGGGGAGCCGCCGCCUGCUGUGCCCCACGUGACACCGGAGCCGGGAAUAGAAACUGAAAGGGAGAAACACACACCAGUAAAACAGGACACAGCCUGGGAGGCUGUAGUGAAAGCCAUGGCCACUGGCUGGAACAGAGAUCAUGAAUCCAGAGGCAUCACACAGGGGUGGAAGAUAAGCCAGGAGGAUUUUGUGGAGAAUUAUGACCCAAGUGUCCUUCCAAGUGUGACUUACCUUCUCUAUGAAAUCAAGUGGAACCAUCGCAGAAGGCACUGGCAAAGAUGGAUCUGUAGUGCUGGUGGUGAGCAUGCUGAAACAUACUUCCUGGAAGAUGUCUAUAGAAAGCUAAGAUCUAAUCCUUUUGUCCACUGCUCCAUCACCUGUUACAUAUCCUGGAGUCCCUGUGGGUACUGCUGCCAGGAGAUCAUGGAUUUUCUGGAGAAAAUGCCUAAUGUGAAUCUAGUCAUUUAUGUAGCACGGCUCUACUGGCACAAAGAGGAAACCAAUCGUCAGGGUCUGUGGAACCUGGAGAAUAUUGGAGUGUCCAUCCAAGUCAUGGAUCUCCCAGAUUAUAACUACUGUUGGAGAACAUUUGUUGAUGAGGAGGACAAGUAUGAUGAUGAAGAUGAUUAUUGGCCCAGGCACUUUGCUCCAUGGAUAAUGCUAUAUUCUCUCGAACUCCAGUCCAUCCUUCAGAACAUUCCCUCUUGCUUAGAGAUUUCAUCAGAUGAGAACUAUACUCCAGUUUUCAGCCUAUGUGUAGAAGAUGAGGAACAGAAAAGAGCACUCACAUCAGCCAAUCCCUAUUAGCCGCCAGUAUCCUGGCCUGGGCAGCCAACCAGUCUCUGGAAGCCAUGAGUGUCUUGAACCAGGCCAUCAACUGCUAAGCAACAGAAACCACUUGACAGGAAACAUCACCCACAUUAAAACUCCACAAUUUGGGGAGGGGAAGAGGAUGCAGACAGAAUGGGUGCCGCAGAGUGACUGCUUUGCUAACACAGCGUGUUUUCUCAGUUGGUGGGUUACUCUUGCAUGCGCUGAUAGAACAGUAGCUCUCAAACUUUUAUACUGGUGACCCCUUUCACACAGCAAGCCUCUGAAUGUGACUCCCACCAUAUAAAUUAAAAACACCUGUUUAUAUAUUUAAUACCAUUAUAAAUGCUGGAGGCAAGCCGAGGUUUGGGGUGGAGGCUGACAGUUCGCAACCCCCCCAUGUAAUAAACUCACGACACCCUGAGGGGUCCCGACCCCCAGUUUGAAAACCCCUGUGACAGAACAUUAGAAUGUUUAAUCAUUUCAGUUUUGAUUUAGUUACUCUUAGCCAUUCCCUUGCAAUUGCUUUAGCUUGUAGCCUUUUGAAAAGUGAAUCAUGUUUAAUGCUGUACUGUGACUGGGUCGUGUUAGCACCUGUGACUCAGUGUACAGGUUUAUUCCAUCACAGUUAACACAAGAGUAUCUUGCUUAUUCUGCAGCCAAUGCUGUUUACCAAAUGAACAUAAAACUGUAUGAUUUGCUUUGUGUAAGCAGUUCAUAAGGAACUAACUCAUUAUACAUUUACAUAUAGAGACCUUAGAGAGGAUUUAUUUUCUGAGGUUAUUUCUUUGAAUUAUGUUUCUCUUGUAGAUUUCUAGAUUUUAUUUUGUCUCAUUUGUCAACAUAACAUUUGAAUAAAAUAUCUAUAAGGAA